CAUUUGUUUAGUUUAUAUGUUGUGAACUUCGGGAUAUAAUUUAGCAUAACAUCGAAUAAGAGAUACUGAAUGGUCUUCAUUUGUUUGAUUUGGAACUAAUCUACUGAUUUACUUGCAGAAUUGUCGAUGAUGGAUGAAUCGAUUGAAGGUCAACCACCGCUUGUCGGGACUGAAGUCACUGGGAGCAGCAUUGGCACUAUUGCUGCUAAUAUGACUUCAUCUAGUGCCACAGUUCCCCCUGCGCUUCUACCUCCUACUGGCGCUGCAACCCCUUUUUCAGAUGUGCCUCCGGUUUAGUCUACUACGAAGAGGAAGAACAAAAGCAUUGCAUGGGAGCACUUCACUCAGCUGGUGAAUCCUGAUGGUUCGAAGAUGGUGAAGCCGAGGGCCAAAUGCAACUACUGUCCGCAGACUUACUUCUACCACACGAAGUCUAAUGGCACGAAUUCGAUGAGAACUCAUAUGUUAUAUCAAUGUAAGAAGUGUCCCCUUUACAUUCCCGCUAAAAAACAGAAAAAUUUAGUGUUUGAUUCGGUAGAUAAUGGUGGGAAGUUAAUUGCACGAUCUUUUGAUAAUGAUGUGGCGAGGCUUGCUUGUGCUAGGAUGGUAAUUAGGGAUGAACUGCCCUUUAGUUUUGUUGAAGGGCAGGGAUUCAUUGAUUUCAUGAAGAGUUGUUAGCCGCAGUUUAAGCUGCUGUCCUGUAGGUCAAUUGCUAGAGAUAUUUGGGAUCUCUAUCAAUCGGAGAAGACUAGGAUCAAAAAUAUUUUAGCCACUUAUGGUCAGAGAGUGUCCCUAACCACUGAUACUUGGACUUCAGUCCAAAAUAUCAACUAUAUGGUUCUCACAGCUCACUUUAUUGAUGAUGAAUGGGUUCUGCACAAAAGAAUCCUUAAUUUUUGUGUGAUACCGAACCAUAGGGGCAAGACAAUAGGGCAGCUAGUUGAGACUUGUCUAAUUGGGUGGGGAAUAGAGAAAAUUUUCUGUAUUGUCGUCGAUAAUGCUUCACCUAAUCAAGUGGCUUUAGACUACAUGAAAUAAAAGAUAGGAAAUUGGAAAGAAUUGGUCUUGAGUGGGCAGUUUUUACAUUUGAGGUGCUGCUGCCACAUCCUUAACUUAAUUGUUAAGGAUGGAAUGGAGGAGUUAGAUUCCUCAAUUGAGGGGAUUGGAACUGCGUGAAGUACACUAGGUCAAGUUCAGCUAGGUUGGAAAAGUUUCGAAAGUGUGCAGCUCAAGAAAAAGUUGAGCAUAAGGGUGGGAUAGUGCCUUUAGAUGUGUGCACUAGAUGGAACUCAACUUAUUUCAUGCUAGAGAUAACUAUAAAGUACCGGAAAGCUUUUCUAAGGUUGGAGGAUGAGAAUUCACAGUUUGAAUCCUAUUUCAAUGAGAGGGUUGGUGGGAAGAAAAGAGCUGGACCUCCAAUUGGUCUUGAUUGGGAGAAGGCUGCACGGCUGGUCAAAUUUUUGAAGAUAUUUUAUGAUGCAACUCUCAAGUUUAGUGGGACACAAGUUGUUACCGCAAACCAGCCAUUGCUUUGGAUGUGCACCAUCAUCGGAGAGUUGGACAAGUGUAUCCAAGGUGAUGAUUCUUUGCUUUUAAGCAUUGGGAAUUCAAUGAAGAAGAAGUUCGACAAAUAUUGGGGGAGGCUUGAAGAGUUGAACAAGAUUCUUUUGAUAGCUGUGGUGUUGGAUCCAAGGUACAAGCUGCUGUACUUGGAAUAUUUUUUUCCAAAACUGCAGCAAGACGAGUCCUUAGUGGCUUCGAUGGUGAAUGAAGUCAAGAGCAUGUUUCUGCAGCUUUUCCUUGAGUAUGCAGAAAAUGAUCCGGAGGCGGCACAAGCGUCUUUCUCUACAACUUAACCAAAGUUUGAUGCUGGAAAUGCAAGUUUGGUUGAAGAGGACAGCUAUGCUGCAAGCAUGAAUGAAUUCAUGAAGCUUAGGCAAGAAAAAGAUGUUGUCGAGAUCAAGAAUGAAGUUGAUAAGUACCUGCUGGAGCCAUCGGAGGAUCCUUCAAACCCAAGCUUUCAAGUGUUGGAUUGGUGGAAGGAGAAUUGUGCUAGAUUUCCCAUUCUGUCGCAGAUAGCAAGAGAUGUUUUGGAUGUACCUGCAUCAACAGUAGCUAGUGAAAGCGCCUUCAGUCUUGGAAAGAGGAUUCUUGAUCCAUUUAGGUCAAGUUUGACCCCUAAAAUGGUUGGGGCUCUUGUUUGUUCAAGUGAUUGGUUGAGGGGUACAAGUAAGCCACUAUUCAAGGAGCCUACUAGGGUUGAAAUGGAGCAGUACGCUGAGCUGGAAAAGAUGGAAGCAAGUAAAUUACUUCUGUUU